GGGAAACCUCACCAAUGAAAUUUGAACCAAACCUGCCACCAACUCCAAACUUUUACUAUCGUAAGAAGAUGUUUUGAGAUAUACAGACUUCACAGAUGAAGUGUUUUACUGAUGAAACUAAAUCUUGCCAUAAGUUUUGCAAACAUUAGAUGACUUUUCUGCUGAACACUGUAUAAAAUUUAAUUUUGAACCUUGUUGCAGUUAGCUUUUUCCAGAUUUCUGCUUAUGGCGAAUGCUAUUUCAAAUAAAGUGCAGGUUUCAACUGUACGAACACUGAGAUCUAGAACCACUGUGAAAAUAGAAUUUCCUCCUGAAAAUUCAAAUGCUGAGGGAAAAGUGAAUAUAUUAAUGCAGAACUCAAAAAUAAAAGGUAAAAAAGGUGUUAAAACUGAGAAAAAAUUGUGUCUAAAAAAUGAAUUAUUAGACACCAAUAAGGAUUCAUUAGAAACUGCUUCAAAGUGUAAAUUAGAAAUUCCAGGAGUUCCUCAAAAAUCAAGUAUAUCUCCAAGGAAGAGAAGGCAGCCUAAAAUGGAAGAAAAUAAAAUUUCAAAAAUAAAGAAAGAAAUAAAGGUUGAAAAUUCAGAAAAUCAGGUUUUGGCUGAUAUAGAGGAUAGUGCUUGGGAACCUUCUAAUUGGAAAUUGGUUUUGGAUAACAUUUUAAAAAUGAGAAAGAUGUAUGUAGCUCCUGUUGAUAGUUUAGGCUGUGAAGAAUGCCCUGAAGAAGGUGCUACACCUGAAGUCUUUCGAUACCAGACUCUAAUAUCAGUUAUGCUGUCUAGUCAAACACGAGAUCAAGUCACUUAUGCUGCUACACAACGCUUAAUUGAGCAUGGUUUAAAUGUUGACAAUAUAUUGAAAACACCUGAUGAAAAAAUUGGUGAACUCAUUUAUCCAGCUGGUUUUUGGAAAUCAAAAAUAAAGUACAUAAAACAGACAACACAAAUUUUGAAAGAUAAGUACGAUGGAGAUAUUCCUCGUACACUGAAGGAGCUCUGUGGGUUACCAGGUGUUGGACCAAAGAUGGCUAAUAUUGUAAUGAGUGUUGCUUGGAAUGAUACUGUUGGAAUAGCUGUUGACACACAUGUUCAUAGAAUAUCAAACAGAUUAGGAUGGGUGAAGAAACCCACUAAAGAUCCUGAGCAAACACGCAAAGCAUUAGAAAGUUGGCUUCCAAAAAAUCAAUGGAGACCAAUAAAUCUGACAUUAGUUGGUUUUGGCCAAACUGUUUGCAAACCAGUAUCUCCAUCAUGUGAAGUCUGCUUGAACAACAAUAUUUGUCCUUUUGCAAGAAGUGUUUUGUCAGGCAAAAAUAAAAAGAAAGUCAAGAAAUGAAAUUGUAUAAUUUUGGAAUUUUUUUUUACUUAAAAUAUAAAGAGUAUCAUUUUUUUAAAAUACCAAUACAUUUGCAUGCUGAUUUUGGAUUUGAACUUUACUUUAUUUUGCAUUUUGUUUGGUACUGCAGCAAAUAAUUAAUUGUACUCUUGAAAGGAAUUAUAGUUUUUAGAAAACAAUUUUUAUUCAGCUUUUAGCAGAGUAAGAAUUUUAAAAGAAUCCCUUAAAACUUUAGUUUGCUAAGAAAAUGAUAAAUAAAUUACAUUGUUUUAAUGGCCACUUCUUUUAUAAGUAAUUUGGAGCAUAAUUAUUUAGUUGUAUUAUAUAUAUAUGUAUAUAUAUUUGUUAUUGAUCAUUAGUUAAUGUUUUCUGUUUGAUAGAGAACUUUGGAAAGAUGUAAGUCUGCAUUUAGUUGGAUUGGGGCAAACAGUAUGCAAACCCAUUAAACCUAAUUGCCAGGAUUGUUUAAAUGUUCAUCUUUGUCCUACAGGAAGAAGCAGUAAAAAGUAAAUGUGUGUCUAAGAUGUAUUUUAAGCAAAUGUAGUCUGUAUGUACCAGUAAAAUAUAAACAUUUAUGUGAUGACUAAUUUUCUAGUUAAUGCACUGUAUUUUAAGGUUGUUCAUAUGUAUUUUAACUUUCAUAAUAAAAGAAAAACUCUGUUG